AUGGCGGACUCUUCACCACCACCCGCCGUGGCUCCUUAUCACGACACCACCGAGAGCAUCCACCACAACCCAGACCCGGCGCUGGAGCCCUCUCACCAGCAUCACCACGCGCACAAGCACCACUCGGCCCGCGUGGAUGCCGCCGGCCACGACGAUGCCGUCUACACCCGCGGCACCAACCUGGACCCAACGCUCGUGCCCGUCCAGGACCACAGCCACGACACGCGCAGCAUCGACAAGGCGCACGACGGCCACACGCCGCCCGACUACAGCGACCACGAAAAGGUCGGCCAGACAGACGUGGUGCGCACCGGCGUCGACUCGGACGAGGCGGGGUCGCAGCGCGGCUGGCACUUUGGCAUCCCGUACCGCGUGGCCCGCGCCUUUGUGCACCUCGUCAUCUUCCUGCUCUUCACCGGCUGGUGGAUUGCCUCGCUGAUCCUGCACCGCGACGACAAGAACUGGGAGGUGCCCUUCCUGCUGUGGCUGGCCAUCACCAUCCGCCUCUUCUUCUUCCACGUGCCCUCGCGCUAUGUGUCCAGCGCCAUCAAGUGGGUUUGGACUCGCACCGCCCUGGUCGUCUACGAGCGCAUCCCGCCUCGCCUGCGCACCCCGGCCGGCGCUGCUGUGACUGUUGCUGCCAUCUUGGUCGGCUCCUUUGCCUCAGAGGAGAGCGCCGACAACACGCGCGCCAACCGUGCCGUCAGCUUGUUCGGCAUGGUGGUCAUCCUCUUUUGCUUCUGGAUCACCAGCAAGAGCCGCAAGCACGUCAACUGGCGGACUGUCAUCGGUGGCAUGCUCGCCCAGUACAUCAUUGGCCUCUUCGUCCUGCGCACCGGUGUCGGAUACAACAUCUUCAAGUUUAUUGCUGAUCGUGCCGGCGACUUGCUUGGCUUCGCCGAAAACGGUGUGGCUUUCCUGACUACCGAAGAGGUCGCCAAGCUCCCCUGGUUCUUCUUUGGCGUUAUCCCCGCCAUCAUCUUCUUCAUUUCGCUCGUUCAGGUCCUGUACUACAUUGGCUUCAUCCAGUGGUUCAUCAAGAAGGUGGCCAUCUUCGUCUUCUGGGCUCUCAACGCCUCUGGUGCCGAGGCCGUCGUGGCUGCUGCCACCCCCUUCAUUGGACAGGGAGAAUCUGCUAUGCUGGUCCGUCCCUUUGUCCCACACAUGACCAACGCCGAGCUUCACCAGGUCUUGACUUGCGGUUUCGCUACCAUUUCUGGUUCCGUGCUUGUCGGCUACAUUGGUCUCGGUCUGAACGCCGAGGCUCUUGUUUCCUCCUGCAUCAUGUCUAUCCCUGCAUCGCUUGCCAUCUCCAAGCUGCGUUACCCCGAGACCGAGGAGACGCUCACCGCUGGUCGCGUCGUCAUUCCCGACGAUGACGAGCACAAGGCUGAAAAUGCCUUGCACGCUUUUGCCAACGGUGCUUGGCUCGGUAUCAAGAUUGGCGGUACCAUCAUUGCCUCGCUUCUCUGCAUUCUCGCCGCCGUCGGUCUCAUCAACGGACUUCUCACCUGGUGGGGCCACUACAUCAACAUCAACGACCCCACUCUUACUCUCCAGACCAUCCUGUCCUAUGUCUUUUACCCGGUUGCUUUCUUGCUUGGUGUUCCUCGAGACGGCGAUAUCCUCAAGGUUGCCAAGCUCAUUGCCGAGAAGGUCAUCACCAAUGAGUACAAUGCCUUCAACGCCAUGGCUACCGACUCCUACUACGCCGACCUGUCUCCUCGCUCUCAACUCAUUGCCACCUACGCUCUCUGCGGAUUCGGCAACAUUGGCUCCCUGGGUAUCCAGAUUGGUAUUCUCAGCCAGCUGGCGCCAUCCCGUGGUGGUGACGUCUCCCGACUUGCCCUGUCGGCCUUGGUUUCUGGCGUCUUCUCGACCCUGACCUCUGCCUCUGUUGCCGGUCUGGUCGUUACCACCCAGCUCUCCCACUUUGUCAAGCCUCAGUGA